CAUAAACUAGAGAGGACCGGUGUAGUAUGCAUAUAUCGAAUACCCACUGUACCAAGUUUGUUGCACUGGUUACAUAAACAGAGCCCGGUCUAAGUGGCCGAAAUAUGAGUCGAUCGACGAACACCCACAAAAAGCAUACCUAAGCAUUUCGCUACAUGCGCUGACCGUCGGAUCGAACUCAAGUGCAUGCAUAUAAACAGCCGAACUCAAGUGCAUGCAUAUACCACAACUCCCUCGCUUAAGUAACACAUACAUAUAUAUUAUAUAUAAGAUAUACAUAACCGUCUCUCUGCUGUCCAACUGUGGGCAGCGCAGCCAGGAGACUUAGGCUUAAAUAGAACCUAAGAAUGAAUGUCAAAAAGAGAUCCAUUUUGAUAUGGGAAGCGGCACCAUUGCCUGCUCCCAAAAUAAACUAAACCAUUGAAUAUUAAAUCCGCUAUUAUUUUAUUUGGAUGAAAGUAUUUCAUGGCGACCGUGACAGUGUCUUAUUAUGACAUGUGACAAAAGAGCCGAGUAAAAAAAAAAAAAACAACAACAACAAAAUAAGAAUAUGAAUAAAUCGGCAGCAACAAAAGUGACAAAGUACCGAUGGAGGAAUGCAUGCGGGAGCAUACGAAUAAACCGGCAGCAAUUAUAAGUGUGAGGGGCAAUCCGUCCCUUACGCCAGCGAAGGAGAACGACACUGGAAAAACCAAAAUUACUGACCUCUACCAAGGAAGAAGGAAGUUUGCCCAAAGGACUGCCCUGGACCAUUGCACUCCCCACAGUGCAAGUCCACUUGCUUAAUACAAAGACCUGUGCGAGGACCAGCACCGGCCUCGCCUGAGCUCAGAGGCUCCGGACAACAGCAGCAGUGACAACAGCAGCAGUGACAACAGCGAGAGGGGCAACACCGCCACUUUCGCCAACGAGGGAACGUCAGCGUGCCAGACCGGCGACGCCCAGCUGACGUGGAAGGAAGAGUUGAAGCCCAGCCGAACAUAAAUAUUUUUUUGUGCCCUGCGUGGCACCCCACACAUCGAUGCACUGCGCUGCAUGUUAUUCUUAAACGACCCUUUGUAACAUCGAGCGGAACCUUUUCCGCCCGAUGAGCAGUAUAGCCCGUAAAGCUAUACAAACCGAUAGGCAGGAAAAUUGUAAUAAGUAAAUGCAUAGUAAUGCAAUAGAAAAGUUUCCUAAAAAUCAUACAAAUAACUAUAUAUACGAGUUAAAAAUACAUUUACCCGAAAUGGGGUUAGUAGAUGUCAAGUCUGUGGACUCCACAGCUAACGUUAUUAACAAAGUAGAGUCAAAUCAGUAUGACCUCUUCUUAAUACACAUCUUGCUAAUAAUAAUCGUUGUAAUAAUGUGCGCAAAUUGCAUCUACAAAGUAUAUAAACGGCAUAAUAAAUGCUUGAAAAAGAAAUAUAUGAGCCAGGCAAAUGACCUGGACAAAAUUUAAAAAAAAAAAUAUAUAUAGCACAGACAACAGUAAAUAAAUAAUAACAUGUUUUAACACUACUAUGUUUAACUUUAUAAUGCAAUGAAUUGAAUAAAAAGAAUUACAAAAUACAUUAAAUACAUUAAUAUAAUAUAUUAAAGAUAUGGCUACACUGAGGGCAUUUAUUGAAAAAUACGAGGAAAUUCAGCUAUCCCUUCUAGUGGGGAAACAGUUCAUAUCCAUAAAAUAAUGGAAUGGAUUGAGAUAUAUGAAGAAUUGAAUAAAAUAAAAGUUGACUUUGACAAAUCGUACAAAUCACUUUCACAAAACAGACCAAUUCAUACAAAUACCGUAAAGAAACAUUCAGAGACACUAGUAAAUUGCUUUAACCAAGCACGCAUACUCAUACAUGAACAAAAAGAACAAUUAAAUCAAGAGCAUUGGUCACGAGUAUCGAAAUUUUUAAUUAGACUACGGUCUAAUCUAAUAUCGGUUAAACUAAAACUUAAUCUAGAUAUAUAUGUGCCAACUAUACUCAACACUUCUCUUACACUUGAAACUAGUGAAACUGACAAUGACCAAAUAGGGCCAGAAGAGCAGGAAACAAAUGUUAAAUUAGAAGAGGAGGACUUGAAUAAUCUCACUAUACCAGCUGUUUUAAUGUCCGAUCUGGAUAAUUCCACAGAUUCCGAUAGCUCUCCAAGCAACAAUAGAACCAUGGCGCAAACUAACAUAGAAUUUAUUAAUACAGCCACUAAGCUUAUACCAGCUUUUGAUGGUAAGGCCGAAAAUUUAAAUAGUUUUAUUGACGCACUAGAAAUUUUGCGAUUGAUAACAGGCGAACAUGAGGAAUUGGCAGUGUCUAUAGUAAAAUCAAGGCUAAAAGGUGUUGCCAGGAAUUUAGUCGGAAAUGAAACUACAAUAACAGAAGUAAUUUCCAAAUUGAAAAGCAAUGUCAAAGGCGAAACUGUAGAGGUACUUUCAGCGAAACUGAUGAACCUACAGCAACGCAAUAAAACUGCCAACCAAUACACAGUAGAGGUUGAGCAGCUGACCAAAAUGUUGGAAUGUGCGUACAUAACAGACGGUUUACCACUAGAGUUAGCCAGAAGUUAUUCAACCCAAAAUGCAGUCAAGGCAAUGACUAAAAAUUGCACAAUUGAUAAGGUAAAACUUAUCAUGCAAGCCGGCACUUUCAACACAAUGAAUGAAGCCGUAUCCAAAUUCGUAAAUAGUUGCACAGAGGCAACCGGACAGCAAAAUACUGUCCUAUAUUACAGAAAUAAUUCACAGCGCGGCGGAAACCGCGGGCAUGGAAAUUAUAGAGGUAACUUUCGCAGUCGCUUCAAUAAUUAUAGUAACAAUAAUUACAACAACCAAUACUAUAAUGGACGAGGCCAAUAUAGAGGAAACUCUAGAGGCCGUGGCAACUCGAACAGAAGCCAAAACUAUAACAACCCAAGUAACGUCCGGGUAACCAACAAUACAUCGGGAAACUCCCAAAGCCCUUUAAAUACUCAACAGUAGAGAAUGCAAGGGUUCAUACUAUUAAUCUCAGUCAGAACAUAUUCGUAUCAUUCAACCAUGUGGCUACAGGAAAAGAACUUGUCUUUUUGGUAGAUACUGGUGCAGACAUUUCAAUAGUUAAAGAAAAUUCUGAUGUCUUUCAUGACAUACAAUACAAUUAUAUUAUAGAUAUAAAAGGAAUAAGUCAAGAAGUAACCAAAUCAAAGGGGUUAACUUCCAUUGAAAUACAGACCACUAAGUACAUAAUCCCACACGAUUUUCAUAUCGUGGAUUUAAAAUUCGCUAUUCCCUGUGAUGGCAUAUUAGGAAUCGAUUUUAUUAAAAAAUACAACUGUCAAUUAGACUUCAAGCCAUCUGAAGAUUGGCUUAUAAUUAGACCUAAUAACUUAAAAUUUCCCAUUUAUGUUCCAAUAACAUACAGUUCUGGCAAUAACUCAAUACUUCUGCCAGCAAGAUCCCAAGUUGUCCGAAAAAUAGAACUAAAUUCAAAAGAAGACAGUGUAUUGAUUCCAAAUCAAGAAAUUCAGCAUGGUAUUUACAUAGCAAGUACAAUAGCAACAUCUAAAAACGCUUUUAUAAGACUACUCAAUACAACGAAUAAAGAUCAAGUAGUCAGUACAAAUAAUUUAGCAUUUGAAUCACUUUCGAACUACGAUGUAGUCAAAACUAAUAUAGACAAUAGAAACCAAACUGUAUUAUCCCAACUAAAGAAAAACUUUCCUCCACAAUUCGAAUCACAACUUUCAAGCUUAUGCACCCAAUACAAUGAUAUAUUCGGAUUGGAAUCUGAACCAAUAAGCACUAAUAAUUUUUAUAAACAAAAACUGAGAUUAAAAGAUGAUGAACCGGUGUAUGUAAAGAAUUAUAGAAGCCCACAUAGUCAGGUGAACGAAAUACAAAAACAAGUUGGAAAAUUGGUCACUGACGGCAUUGUUGAACCAUCUGUAUCUGAAUAUAAUAGCCCAUUAUUACUUGUUCCGAAAAAACCAACUCCAGGUUCAGAACAAAAGAAAUGGCGAUUAGUAAUUGACUA